CGACUUGAUCGUACGACGAAUCGAAAACUCUAAUUGUAACUGUCAGUAUCGCGGACGACGUUGAACGCAUCGAUUCAAUAAUAAACUCACGUGUAUCCUAAUUUCUGUUUUUUGUUCGCGCGAAAAAUGAGUCAAGAACAGGACAGAGCGGCACCAGGUCAGGAGCCCAAAACGCAGCCCUUAAAAAGGCCAAGUAUCCAUCGACUCAUAAGCAGGGAGGAAGCCCAGACCAAUGAAGACUCUGGGAACGAAGCCCAGUCCCACGAAGCCAGUCCAGCAAACGAGCCUCGACCACGGGUUCCCCGAGCGAGGUCGGUCCAGUUGGAAGGAGACAAUCAGAGGAGUCGCGCGCAGCAGGAUGUCGUGACCAGUUCGAGCGCCGAGCCUGUCACGUCCGACGACGAAGCGAUUCUCAAACUCCGAAGAGGCUCGACCUCGGAGGCAUCAGUCGAAUCGUCAGCGUCGUCAAUACCAGAAACAAGAACGAGGCCACGGAAUUAUCGCACGCCGCUUGUAACACCGCACGACGAAGCAGAAAGCUCGCUUAGGCCAAUACUACCUGGGACGUUUGAGUAUGAUAUUGAUAGCACACAAAGUUUGCCUCAGAAUUUGAUUCCAGAGCAAAUCUCGAAUCAAACAGCACGAAUAAGGCAAGAUGCGGAACAGCAGUCUCGGCCGAGCCAUGACAGAUACGUCUCGGACGACAACUCGCCGGAACGAGGCUAUCAAUAUCGAUGGAAAGAUCGAAAUGUUCACCUCGUACCACGAGAGCAAAUUAGACAAGACGUGGAACAGCAGUCGCGGUCGAGCCAUGACAGAUACGUCUCGGACGACAACUCGCCGGAACGAGGCUAUCAAUAUCGAUGGAAAGAUCGAAAUGUUCACCUCGUACCACGAGAGCAAAUUAGACAAGACGUGGAACAACAGCAGUCGCGGCCGAGCCAUGACAGAUACGUCUCGGAAGACAACCAGCCGGCAGGAGGCUAUCAAUAUCGAUGGAAAGAUCGAAAUGUUCACCUCGUACCACGAGAGCAAAUUAGACAAGACGUGGAACAACAGCAGUCGCGGCCGAGCCAUGACAGAUACGUCUCGGAAGACAACCAGCCGGCAGGAGGCUAUCAAUAUCGAUGGAAAGAUCGAAAUGUUCACCUCGUACCACGAGAGCAAAUUAGACAAGACGUGGAACAACAGCAGGCGCGUCCGAACCAUGACAGACCUGUCCCGGACGACAACCCGUCGGUGCAACAGUAUGAACCAAUAGGACAAAAUGCCCACCUCGUAGCACCAGAGCAAAUUAGACAAGACGUGGUACAGGCGCGGUCCAGAAAUGACGAGCACGUCGUUCCAGCAAACCCAAGAUGGUGGAAUGUGUUUUUUCAAAAGCUGCGUGAAAACUGGAUAACUUUGUUAAUGUUCGUAUUACUCGUCGCUGUCCUUAUCAAUCUCGCAGUGUUUAUUCAUUACGGUCCCGAGGAGUUGAAGAAGUCGCCCGUUUAAAUCGGUCCCAAGGAGUUGAACAAGCUGUUCAAGCCUGAUCGUCACGAUGACAAUGAUCAAAACCCUACCACACCACGACCAAGAAAAUGGUGAGGUCCAACUCCUCCCAUGUAGAAAUAACUUUUUAACUUUUAAACUCGAUCGAUUGAAUGAAAAAUGUCAAUAAUUUUUUUUACACAUUAAAACUUCUGCGUCGUCACAAUUGAUUGAAAAAUGAUGUAUAAAAAUACCAAUACACAAACACGUUGCUCAAAACUUA